GUUUCUAGUAAUUUACUUUUAUAAAUGGACAUCAAGUAGUGUCGUUAUGACGUGAUGAGAGUUGGUAGGCGGCCCGUGUUAAUAAAUUUCCAGAAAGUAGUAGUAGUUGUUGGAUAGUUGUAGCAGGGGCGUUGAUAUCCAGAAUCAAACCCCAACAUUUCGGAUUUGAGAAAAAGUACUCCCGUUUCGCCCCCUCGCUGUUUAUCGAUUUGCUCGCCCCCCGUAGCUUCGUUGCUGUGCUAAUUGUAUGACUUUGGAGGCAAACGGCGAUGUCUGGCGGCGGAGAUCGACGCCGUCGGACGAGCUGCCGCCCCCUACCCCAGCGGAGUUCAAGGGGACUCCGGGAUCGAUUUUUCAUACAUUAUUGGCACUUAUCUUGUGGCUUGGUUCCGUCCAUUUUAACUUUAUCGUCAUCUUGCUUUCCUUCGUCUUCCUCCCUUUUCCCAGAGCACUCGGAGUCAUAGGAUUGCUGUUCAUAUUCAUAGUAAUCCCAAUUGAUGAGCGGAGUAAGUGGGGCCGUAAACUAUCCAGGUAUAUAUGUAAGCACGCGGUUGGUUAUUUUCCGGUGUCUUUGUAUGUGGAGGACAUUAAAGCCUUUGAUCCUAAUGAGGCCUAUGACACUGAAAUAUCCAUGAUCUGGGGUGGGGUAGCUCUGCUGUGCUUUUGCUGGGGUGUUGUCCGUAUAGUGAGCGUAUGCUUAGCUUUGCAGAGGACAUAUGCUCUCUUUGUGCCAGAUUAUGGGGUGUUCUUGGUUACGAGCCACAUUCAGUUUGGCCUAUUGGAGUUGUUGCACUCGCUGACCUUACAGGUUUCAUGCCUAUCCAUAAAAUCAAAGUUCUUGCCAGUACCGCUGUACGUGUUUUACACUCCAUUCAUGAGACAUGUAUGGUCGUGGUUGGGACUUUCACCUGCCUCAAGGAAAAAUUUUACUACCCUUUUGGCGUCUGGUUAUAGCUGUAUCAUUGUACCAGGGGGAGUUCAGGAGGCCUUCUAUAUGGAGCAUGGCUCUGAGCUAGCCUUUAUUAAGAAAAGAAGAGGAUUUGUACGUAUAGCUAUGGAGAUGGGCAAACCGAUUGUUCCUGUUUUCUGCUUUGGUCAGGUUUGAUAUCUUUCCUUUCACCUCACAGUCGAUGAAUUUUAAAAGUAAGUUCAGCUAGGCGAUGUUAACUUGCUGAUACAUGCUUGUACGAAAUACAUUACAACCACCUUUUACUCAAAUGAGGAAAUAUUUCAAUUGAGUUAUUGUUGGAUUAAAAUAUCCUUCAAAAUCUUUAGCAUAAAUCUUUAUACAAGUCUUUGGAGCAAUAACGUUGUAUACUUUGUGAUCUUUUAAGAGUCCAAAAGCACAAUAAAUGCCUUUUUUUCUCUGCUAUACUUCUGAAAAGAUCUUUAAUUUUCAAAUUAAAUCAUUUUUGUAUUAAACUAGAAUUUUGGAAGCUUUCGCCAAUAUGUAACUAAAAGCAUAUGUAAAAGUUGAAUUCUAUCAGUUUUAUGUAAA